UUUCACUCUCUCUUUUCAAGAAGAAGACCACUCUAUCCAACUUUGUUUCCUAUAUAUACAGAUCUAUGUUGAGGACUAAAAAUUAACAUUAGCAGCUACAAAUCUCAGGUUUUCAUCACAAAGUUUAUAACAACUAAACAUUCUUAAUUUAGUCAAGUCAAUGGCAAGCUUUAUUGUUGGAUCCAGUUCAAAUGGCCUCCAUAUUAGGUCUUAUUCUAGGUUUCAAAUGUUGUCUUGGAAUCCAAUUUCAAAGUUGGGUUUCUCAGAACGGAAGGAUCAAAGCUGUUUUUGGAGCGACGGUUUAGUCCAAUGCAAUAACAAGAACACAAGGAACGUUAUCGUUUAUGCUAGCAGUGUACCAGGAGUUCCCUUGCCUUCUGGACCGCCUUCUGGACCACCUUCCAACUCCAUUAGGAACUGGAUUCUGGGAAUGGUGGUAUCAAUAGUUCUACCCUUCUUCACACACAAAUUGGGGCCACUGGGGUUACUUAAAAAUAGAAUUGAAAAUGCCGUGGAACAAGUAGAACAAAUUGUGGAAGUGGUGGAGAAAGUUGCUGAAAAAGUUGAUAAAAUAGCAGAUGAUAUAAUGGAUGAUCUCCCUGAAGGACAGCUCAAAAACAUUGUAAAUUAUGUUGAGGAUAUAGCUGAAAAAACAGCUAAGAAUGCUGAUUCCAUUGGAGAUUUAAUUGACAAGGUUCAAGAAGUUGAGGAUCAGGUGGAGUCCUUUGUUGAAUCUCUUGAUGAUGAAGCCAGAAAAUCUCCCACAGAAGCAAAUUAGAGGAUGAAAUAAGAAGAAUAGAAUCCAUCCACUCAAUAAUUUGAGUAGUUAAUUGUAAUAGAACAAUUGGGAUUUGCAAAUACGAGUAUUCCUUUAUUAUUUUUCUUCAAAUGUCGCAAUCCAUUGACUUGGUUUCCUUGUCGAGUCAAUUCGUUCUUUUGGUAUGGCAAUUGUUUGGCACGUAUGAAAUCAAUUGUUUUCCAGGCAAGUUUUGAGCU